AGACGACGUCGAUCGGCAAACAUGGCUAAAACUGUCUGGUGACUGACGACGGCGAUAGAGAAGGAGGAGAAGCAAACAAAAAAACACAUAGGGCACUCAUGUCGUUACCAUAAAGGCCAUCACUUAAUACCCUUUACACUUCGUCGUUGAUAAACUGAGUUCGUAAAACGGUGUGUGUGUGUGUGUGUGUGUGUGCAUGUGCGUGCGAUGGUGGACAACACAGUGUGCAUGCGGUGCAAGGAGGAACCGCUCUUCUCACCCACACAACCCACGAGUAAAUAAGAGAGUAACAGCACCGCCUGGUUGUCUUCCGUAGUAGCUCUCCCGCCCUCGGCACGUUCUUUUUUGUUGUUGUAGUGUUAUUCCUUGUUACACGUACGAUAUCGCAUUUGGUAAAACUUGGAAAAGAUAAACAAAAUAACUUCGCCAGCACGUAAAACUGUGUGUUAUUCAGCGGCGUCGUUUAGUAGUAAGUGGAAACAAUGUAUUUGUUUGUUUUGGGGGGUUGCGUUGCGCUCUGUCGUGGCGUCAGGUAACAAGUUUGCGUUCUUAGUAUUCUCUGCAUCACAGUUUCUUAUCCACAACGGACCAAAAGAGGUAAAAAGAAAAAAGAAAAACGAAGAAAACCGGCAACAUAGAGGAAUUGCUGUGUGUGUGUGUUGCGAGCACAAACUCUCGCCAGUUUCUCCUCGCUUUCACUGCUCUUUUUUUCCCGAUGCGAACCGUCACUGAAAUGAGCAGUCUGCCUUGCAGUGCUUCAUUGUCUCCUCUCCGGUCUUGCUUUCCACCCCUAUUUCUUUCGUUCAUUGACCCACAACAACUCUAUUGGUUUCAAGUGUGAGAAGGAAAAUUUGAAGGAGUUGCUCGCCUCCAUCGCCUUUCCCGCUAUUUGUCUUUUCCGCUAGAGAGAUCGCUUUGUCAGUUUGGCACGACGACGCACGCGCUUGAAGUGCGGGGACGUGUAAAACUCGUAGAGUCCCUUCGCUGGUCCGCUCGAGGACGCCGACACUCACCGCACGCCGUUGAGAAAUCCACAUCGCACGGAGCCCCAACCGUCCCCUCGUUCUUUUCGUUCUUUUCCUCAUUUCCUCAUUUUCUGAUUUGCACUCCUGCUGUUCACCGACACACGGGCACGCACACGAAUCUGCGCCGCACCGCAGCCGUCAAAAGAAUGUCCGCCACGGACCGCCCCGCGGACGGCGUCACGCCGCUGGCCAAGGCAGACCUGUCCGCCACCGCCGACACCGACGCCCCUGUCGUACUGCCACCCCCGCCCGUGCAACAGCCCCCGGAGCCCCCUCAGGCCCCACAGGCCCCACAGGCCUCCGCCUCUCCUUCCUCUGCCGCCGCCGCUGCGUCGCCGCCGUCCGAUAAGGAUGCCGAGGCGGUUGCCAUGGACCCGGCGGCGCUGUGGGCUGCGCUGGACCUCCCUGCGCCGGAGGCGAUGCCGUCGCAGCACACGGCCCGCCGCGUCGUCCUGCUCGGUCGCCCGCUCAGUGGCAAGCGCACGGUGUGCCGGCGGCUGUGCUUUGCGGCGGAGGCGCAGUACGCCGCGCCGGACGACGGCGACGACGGGGACCGCAGCGGCAACAUGGCGGACAACGGCCGGCAGCCCCUCUACCACCCGUCGUCGAGCGACGAGGAGGACGCGGACCUGUUCCCGAGCCAGAACCUCGGCGGCUGGAACAUGCCGGGUGCGUUCUCCACCGUCGGCGCGCUGCAGGAGCGCACGGUGGUGGGCCCCCACGACCACAGCGGUCCCCUCUCGCACGGGUCGGGCGUGUGCUUUGACUACGUUGUGCAGCGCGUGCCGACCCGCAUCGCGCACGGCGGCGAGGAGAGCGCCAACGCCUCCAGCGCCGCUCGGCGGGUGGAGAGUGGCGGCGGCGGCACGGUGCGCAGGACCACGGAGUUCUUCUGCUGCGACUCCGCGGGCGCCUUGUCGAUGGCCCUCCCCUCCAUCGAGGACGUGGAGACGGCGGUGGUGCUGAUGGUGGUGGACGUGAGCGACGUGGCCACCAUCCGCCAGCAGCUGGACUUUUGCUACACGACGCUGAACUCGUACGUGGCGACGCUGCUGCGGAACCAGGCGCCGAACAACGACGAGGUGCGGCGGCUGCAGCUGGCCACCGCCCUGCAGGACUACUGGUUUGCCGAGGAGCAGAAGCUGCGCACCACGCGGACGAACCUGGCGAGCAGCGUGAGCGCGUCGAAGGAGGGCAAGAGCGACGUGCUCUUCAAGGAUCCGAUGGUGAGCGUCGCCAAGGUGAACGCCACCGUCUUUCGCGUGCCCGCCUCCGCCGGGACCGUGUGCGCGAUGCACACCGUUGUCGUGUGCACCAAGGCGGAGCACCUCGAGCGGGCGUCGCGUGCGGUCGGCAUUCUGGACGGCGCGGGCGGCAGCGGCGACAACGACGCUCUGUUUGCGCGCCUGGGCGUCUCCGCCGAGCUGGUCGCGGCGCUGCGUCGCUCGCGGCUGUCGCUGAUGGCGCUGCUCUCGCAGAUCAUCCGGCAGUACGCCGUCUACCGCCGCGCCGCCGUCGCGUCGCUCAGCCAGCGGGUGAACAUGACGACGGCGGGCGCUGAUGGCGAGUACGCCGGCUCCGCGCUGGUGAACCCCUUCUACAGGGGCUUCUGGUCCUACAUUUCCUACGUGCUGUACAGCGGCAAGGACGCGAACAGCGCUCCGUCGAGCGACGUGCUGCGCGUGUGCUCUGCCCGCAUGCACCCCUACGCGCUGCUCCCGUGCGGCCUGGAUGCGCCGGGGCUGCUGAAUCACUUCAUCACCUCCGACCCGACCCAGUUCGCGGACCUCGCGAACGGUGCGAGUGACGAGGCGGCGGACUCGGCGAUUCGCACGACGGCGGAGGGCGUCCUCACGCCGGACGGUGUCUUUGCGCUCCAUCAGAAGUACAUUCAGCGCGCCCAAGCGGAGCUCUCGGCGAGCUGGGCGCAUGCGGACAUGACGGUGCCCCACGUGGAGGAGACGAACAUGAUCUGGGACAGCCUGUAA